AUGUCAAUCACAAUUCCAGAAACCAUGAAGGCCGUCGUCAUUGAAAAUAGUAAAGCGGUUGUCAAAGAGGGCAUUCCCAUUCCUGAAUUGGAAGAAGGAUUUGUUUUGAUUAAGACUCUUGCUGUUGCUGGUAAUCCAACUGAUUGGGCGCACAUUGACUACAAGCUUGGCCCCCAAGGUUCUAUUUUGGGAUGUGACGCUGCUGGCCAAAUUGUUAAAUUGGGCCCAGCCGUUGAUCCUAAAGAUUUUUCUGUUGGUGAUUAUAUUUAUGGGUUUAUCCACGGAUCCUCCGUAAGAUUUCCUUCCAAUGGUGCCUUUGCUGAAUAUUCCGCUAUUUCAACUGCGGUUGCCUACAAAUCACCCAAUGAACUCAAAUUUUUGGGUGAGGAUAUUCUACCUGCCGGCCCUGUCAGGUCUUUGGAAGGCGCAGCCACUAUCCCAGUAUCACUGACCACAGCCGGUUUGGUGUUGACUUAUAAUUUAGGUUUGAACUUAGAAUGGGAGCCAUCCAGCCCACAAAGAAACGCUCCCAUCUUAUUAUGGGGUGGAGCAACAUCAGUAGGCCAGUUACUCAUUCAAUUAGCGAAUAAAUUGAAUGGCUUCACCAAGAUCAUUGUUGUCGCUUCUCGGAAACACGAAAAACUAUUGAAAGAAUAUGGUGCCGAUGAAAUAUUUGAUUACCAUGAUAUUGAUGUGGUGGAACAAAUCAAACAGAAGUACAACAACAUCCCGUAUUUGGUCGAUUGUGUCGCCAAUCAAGAUACGCUUCAACAAGUGUACAAAUGUGCGGCCGAUAAACUGGAUGCUACUGUUGUCGAAUUAACUAAUUUGACAGAAGAAAACGUCAAAAAGGAAAACAGGAGGCAAAAUGUCACUAUUGACAGGACCAGACUGUAUUCAACAGGUGGCCAUGAAGUACCAUUUGGAGGCGUUACUUUCCCGGCUGACCCAGAAGCCAGGAGAGCUGCCACCAAAUUCGUCAAAUUCAUCAAUCCGAAGAUUAAUGAUGGGCAAAUUCACCAUAUUCCAGUAAAGAUCUAUAAGAACGGGCUUUCUGACGUCCCUCAUAUGCUGGAAGACAUUAAACAUGGUAAGAACUCUGGUGAAAAACUAGUUGCCGUAUUAAACUAG